AAGGGGAGGACUUGUAAAAUAACAGAACAUUCAUUUACAUUUCCUGAUAUUUCCUCUGUUGUUGGUACUAAAUCUAUUCAGGCUCAGAAGAGUACUGUCACAAGUGAACAAUGACAAUAGAUAUCGUCGAGAGAGAUUCGGCUAACCGCCUGGAUCGUUCAACAUGCAUUCUACUGUCUUCAAGCCAUGAUUCUACUUCAACUGGGAGAGCUGUUAUCAAUGCAAACCUCGAUCACGCGAAGGAAAAAAGAUGUCCAUCAUCCGUCACCCCGGAAGUAUCACUCGAGACGCUCUUGAAGGCUACUUGGAUCUUGACUCUGCGGUGCUUCGUUGUAGCCGAUAUCAUUUGCUUCAAAUACUAUGGACCUUCGAACUUAAACAAGACCCCCCAACAGAGGCUAGAUGCAAGGAAACAAGAGAACAAACAAGUGUCGGGUCGAUAUUUCACACGCGUUGACCCUGGGGAACCUAUAAGUUCGUUUUUAAAGCGACUCGAUGCAAGUCGCUUAUCUUCCAACGGAACAAUCGACCCUAUCGGUCAUGACAUUGGCGUUGCUGAUGAGCAAUCACUUCGCCACUAUUGUAAUACGAGCCUGUAUGUUCGCGAGCUGGAUGAAUGUGAUGAAAGGGAAUGCGGUUCCUUCGCUGAUCUUGAAGAUGUCAAACUCAUUGCUAGUCCAUCGAAGUCGCGCUGCUCUGUAAGGCUGGCGUGUCGUUUAUCUCAUACCAGCAGAGACAUGGCAACCGGCAUUUUUAACACAUUCCAACACAUUUAUACCCAGGUUUCCAACGCUUCAGAGCAUAGUUUUCUCCGAGACAUACGCGAAUGCUCACCUCUGGAUCAAGGAAAGAUAAAAGGGUGGACAUGUAUGGAUCCCACGCCUGGUAGCAGUUGUUUGCAUACUCUGAUACUGGAGCAAUGCCGACUAAGGCCCAACGAGAUGGCAGUUAGCUCCUGGGAUGGAAACCUUACAUAUGAGCAAUUGGACGACCUCUCGUUACGACUGGCUCACCAUCUCAUGAAGCUUGGUGUUGGCCCAGAAACCUUUGUGCUAAGUUGCUUUGAAAAGUCAACCUGGGCUAUUGUCGCGCGAUUGGCCAUCCUAAGGGCGGGGGGAGCCUAUAUCUCGAUUUUCGCCAGCAAUCCGCCUGUUUAUCUCGACUCCGUGAUAACUCGUACCAAAACACGCAUCUUGGUCACUGACUCGUACUUCGCUGAUCGGUUCCGAGAUACUGUCCCUGUUGUCGUUGGAAUGUCCCCUGAAUGGCUAAGGACUUUGCCAGCGGCAUCUCGGGCAUGCGAGACAGUCCAUGCAGAUAAUGCAUGUCUGGUUCUUUUCACGUCUGGCAGUACUGGAACACCCAAGGGGAUCAUCCAAACACAUCAAUCCUACGCUACCGCCAUUAAGAACUACGCGCGAGACCUCCAACUUGGCCCGCACACGCGAUUCCUUCAAUUUGACGAUUAUGCCUUCGACAUCAGCAACUUGGAGUUCUUGGUUCCUCUGAUUAUGGGUGGCUGCUGUUGCGUUCCCGGACCGAUGAAAACCGUCCAGGAUCUAACCAAGGAGAUCAACUCUCUAGACGCUGAUAUCCUCUUCCUAACACCAACGGUAGCAAUCAAGCUAGAGCCCAGCGAUGUCCCACGUCUCAAGACUAUGUGUAUAGGGGGGGAGCCUCUCCCAAAGGACCUCGUAAGUAAGUGGGAUGGCAGCACCACAAAACUGGUUAAUCAGUACGGUAUGGGAGAGGUGGCUAUUUGUUGUGCCCUCAAUAGAGAUAUUGAUGUUGUAGGGGGCGCCAAAGUGGGACGCCCGUCAACAGGGGCUAUUUGGGUUGUCAAUUCAUCUUCGCCCGAGAAACUGAUGCCAAUAGGGGCCGUAGGCGAGAUACUAAUAGAAGGGCCGCAUCUAUCCCGUGGAUACCUCGACGAAACUUCGACGCGUCGGACAGAAGCCGGGUUCUUAAAGACGGUCCCGCGGUGGAUGGUGGAGAUGCAUCCGGAUAGGACCCACACUCGGAUGUACAGGUCCGGAGAUCUCGGCCGGCAAAACCAUGACGGCACAAUCACGUAUCUCGGCCGUAAAGAUACGAUCCUUAAACUUGACGGCUGUCGCAUUGACGCGCUAGAGGUAGAGCAUCAGGCUCGUAAAUGUCUUUCAGAUAAGGACACCGUCGUAGUGGAUCUGCUUGGCAUCAUCAACGGCCAAGACGAACCCAGUUUGACGGCCUUCGUCUACUUAGACGAGCACCCCGUCAGCACGCCUCUCGUGGCAAACGACGAACCAUUCCUAAAAGAUGCUCUAGAGGACCCCAUUGCGAGUGUGGCGAUAAAAGAAAUGCAAGCUUCCAUUGCGCUAUCGCUCCCGCAUUACAUGAUCCCGACGACUUUCGUGCUUAUGUCGUGGAUACCGAGAACGGCGUCGAAGAAGAUCGAUCGCAAGAAGAUUCACAUGCUGGGACAGAUGUUCUACUUUUCUAGAUUAGAACAGCUACCAAAAGAUGUGUCCUACUCACAAAAGAUCUAACAGUCGUCUACAUAGAUCUUUAUGGGUCUGACAUGGGGUUCAAAAUUGAUCAAUCAAUCUAGUUAGAGGAUAG